CUUCCAAAGUUUAAAGCAUUCAAUACAGGAUGCAGCUGGUCAAAGGUCCGCUUAGCUGGACUCGUAUGCUUUGACGUGCGCAAUCGUUUAGGCUGUUUCAAACCUAAAAGCGACCAAGAUAUCCGAAAACCACGCGUAGUUCCGCUCACCGGACGACGCAGUGCUCCGGCCAGUGCAGGCUCAGCUGCAUAGAGAGAGAGAGAGAGAGAGAGAGAGAGAGAGAGAGAGAGAGAGAGAGAGAGAGGGAGGGAGGGAGGGAGGGAGAAUUGUGUGUUUGAGUUGGAAUAGAUUCCGAUAAACCCAGUCAGGGAGGGGGCACAGAGCUCCGGUGGUUCUGGUGGCGGCCAUGGAGAACAUCUUUCAAAAGCUGCGGAACCUGGACGCCUACCCUAAAAUCAAUGAGGAUUUCUACAGCCGUACCCUUUCCGGUGGUGUUAUCACCCUCGUCUCCUCCCUCGUCAUGCUCUUGCUCUUCUUCUCGGAGUUUAGGUUAUACCUGCAUGCUGUUACCGAAACAAAGCUUGUAGUGGAUACUUCAAGAGGAGGAACCUUGCGUAUAAAUUUUGAUAUUACUUAUCCUGCCAUUCCAUGCACGAUACUGAGUCUUGAUGCUAUGGAUAUUAGUGGAGAGCAACACUUUGAUAUUAGACAUGACAUAACAAAGAAAAGAAUAGAUGCUCAUGGUAAUGUGAUAGAAGUCAGGCAGGAUGGAAUUGGAACACCUAAGAUUGAGAAGCCAUUGCAGAGGCACGGUGGCAGGCUUGAACACAAUGAGACAUAUUGUGGUUCAUGUUUUGGUGCAGAAGUGUCGGAUGAUGACUGUUGUAAUACUUGUGAAGAAGUUCGUGAAGCAUAUCGCAAGAAAGGUUGGGCACUGACAAAUGUCGAUUUGAUUGAUCAGUGCAAAAGAGAAGGUUUUCUUCAAAAGAUUAUGGAAGAAGAAGGUGAAGGGUGCAAUAUUAAUGGACUUUUGGAAGUUAAUAAAGUGGCAGGAAGUUUUCAUUUUGCCCCUGGGAAAAGCUUUCAACAGUCAAACUUUCACAUGGAUGGUUUUCUGGCUGUUCAAAAGAAUAAUUACAAUAUUAGUCACAGGAUCAACAAGUUAACUUUUGGGGACUAUUUUCCUGGCAUUUUAAAUCCCCUUGAUGGGGUACGAUGGGUUCAAGAAAAUCAACAUGGAUUAUAUCAGUAUUUCAUCAAGGUUGUGCCCACAAUAUACACAGACAUUAGAGGCCGCACUGUCCAGUCAAACCAGUUCUCCGUGACCGAGAAUUUUAGGAAUUCAGAAUUUGCUCACUCUCAGUCACCUCCUGGAAUUUUUUUCUUCUAUGACCUAUCUCCAAUUAAGGUGACCUUCACAGAGGAACAUGUUCCAUUCUUACACUUCAUGACAAACGUAUGUGCUAUAAUUGGAGGUAUUUUCACAGUUUCUGGAAUAAUUGAUGCAGUCAUAUACCAUGGUCGAAGGACAAUCAAGAAGAAGGUACAACUUGGAAAGUUCGGCUGAUUUGUGUACCUUGCCCUAGUUUUUGGGUUGGCUAUUGUGCAAAUUCAUCUGGAUCGGAUGGCGGUUUUUUUAUUUUUUAGUUUUUUUUUUCCGGGGGAAGGUGGCGGGGCAGAGCAAGAUUAGAAGUGUGAUUAACGGGCAAGAUUGACUCACAAUUUCAUAUUUGUUUUUGCACCUUGCGAUUUCAUAUUUGUUUUUGCACUCCUAUUUUUUUGUCCACUCAAUGUAGUUAUUUAGUCUAGUUCCAUGUUGAAACAUGCUAGAAAUUGUAUUCCUUUCCUUCUCUAUUUAAAUGCUCCAUCAUGAAGUUCAUGCCUUCUCUUUA